CAUUAACGGACGGUCACCCUGCCUUAGUCUGGUGGGAUUAAUUGGGUCCCACCCUGACACGGAUUCGAACUGAUGGACGCUUUGCUUAUUGCCAGCUAUAUGCUGUACGGUAUCUAACUAAACUAACUGCCUGCCCGACAUUUCGCAUCGCAACUCUUGACAUACACCUCGCACAGAACCGUGUCGUCAACCAUAUUCCACAUCUACCCACCUGCUCAAUGGAGUGCGCAGCUUGCCGGUAGCAAUUUAGGGGACUCGCUCGUACAAAUCUAGCUGCAUUGAUUGACUUUGUUCGGCUUCCUGGAGGUUCCUAGGCUCUUUCCAAAAGCGCCUGCCCCGCCCCAAGACAUCGGAGGUUUACGGGGACAACGAUAGCGACAACAAAGACAUUAAAAACUCAGACGCCGAGCGACACAGGCUGUGAUUCAACUAGCAGUAGCUCAAAAAAAAAACCACCCCGGGUAUUCCCCUUGAGGCCCGCAACAUCCGAGUGGCCUAACACUCAACACCCUUUCACAAUGGAGGCGGCAUCCGCCCGAUACGCCGCGCGGGACCGGUGGGGGGAGCCAGGCAGCACGAGCUCGGCCAACUCGCAGCUGCUCCGCUUCAUUCAGGCCGCGUGCAGCCCGGAGAACUACGAACCGAAUCUGGCCCUGAACCUCGAGAUCUCGGACCUGAUCAACUCCAAGAAAGGAACGGCCCCGCGCGAGGCCGCCAUGGCCAUCGUCGGCUACAUCAAUCACCGCAAUGCCAACGUCGCCCUGCUGGCCCUACACCUGCUCGACAUCUGCGUCAAGAACUGCGGCUACCCUUUCCACCUGCAGAUCAGCACCAAGGAGUUCCUCAACGAGCUGGUCCGCCGCUUCCCCGAGCGCCCGCCCAUCCGCGCCUCGCGUGUCCAGACAAAGAUCCUCGAGGCCAUCGAGGAGUGGAGGAGCACCAUCUGCGAGACGAGCAGGUACAAGGACGAUCUGGGCUUCAUCAGGGAUAUGCACAGGCUUCUGAGCUACAAGGGCUACACUUUUCCCGAGGUCAGGAGGGAUGAUGCUGCAGUGCUGAAUCCCAGCGAUAAUUUGAAAUCUGCCGAAGAAAUGGAGGAAGAGGAGCGCGAGGCGCAAUCGGCAAAACUACAGGAGCUUAUCCGGCGAGGAACCCCAGAGGAUUUGCAGGAAGCCAACCGUCUGAUGAAGGUCAUGGCUGGCUAUGACACGCGCACCAAGGUCGACUACCGCGCCAAGGCGGCCGAGGAGGUUGGCAAAAUCCAGGCAAAGGCAAGGCUGCUGGAGGAAAGGCUGGAGGCGUUCAAGCCGGGGGAUACGAUGCAGGAUGGUGAUGUGUUCGAAGAGCUAGCUUCGGCACUCUCGAGCGCGCAGCCAAAAAUCCAGAAAAUGUGCGAGGAGGAAUCGGAUGACCAUGAAGCCGUAGCCAAGCUGUUGGAAAUCAACGACAGCAUACAUCGGACGGUAGAGAGGUACAAGCUUCUCAAAAAGGGCGACAUCGAGGGUGCCAAAAAGCUGUCGAGUGGUGCACCUCCCUCGGCCGCUGCCGGGGCAUCGUCUUCUUCGGCCAGAAAUGAGCUGUCGCUUAUUGACUUUGACGGUGACUCUAGCACAAAUGGUGCAGGAUCUUCGCAGCCGGCCGCGGGUCCAUCAGGUGGCAUUGAAAACGACCUUCUUGGCCUCUCUAUUGGAGAAAGCGAGAGCUUGGGUGGCCAGAGCGGCGGGAUACAAUUGGGUUUCGGAGCCAACACAAACAUCCCUGGCCCGGCAUUACUGUCGUCUAUAACUGAAAACAGCAGUGCCAAAGGCCCCUUACAAACGACCAUCUCUCCGCCGGCCCCUUCCGUCUCGCCAUUCUCGGGAUUCACUUCACCACCACCUACCUCAUCCAAGUCAUCAACGCCUCAACCCCCGAACUAUCAGUCAUCUCUGUUUGCACCGCCACCCAAGACCACAACCGACCCGUUUGCCGCCCUGGCUUCUCCCUCGGCCUUUUCCUCCAAACCAUCAACGCCAGGUCAUGCUACCCAGGCCUUCCAGCCACCGCCAGCACAAGCUGUCACUGUCACCGACGCCAACGAUGAUGACGAGUGGGCUUUUUCGUCUGCACUGCCGCCUGAAGCGGCCCCGCAGCUGCCCCAGGAGCAGAAGGCUGUACUCGCUGACCAGGCGCUCAAAAUUGAGCUGAUUGCCAAAAGGCCUACCCCUGGUGCGAACUCGGUCAGGUUACAUUUUGCCUUUUCGAACAACACGGCACAACCAUUGUCUGAGCUGCACUUUCAGUCUGCCGUUCCCAAGGGAUACGAAUCACAAUUACAACCGCAAACCGGAAGGGAUCUGUCACCCAAGCAAAGCCGUGGUGUCACUCAGGUUCUCGAAGUAUGGCAUGCCGGUGAUAGAAACAAAAAGGUCGAGGUCUUCAAGCUCAGGUGGCGCGUGGCGUACAAGGUGUCUGGGGAGGUCAAGAACGAGAUGGGCGAGGUUUCGGAGAUCAAGGUGGCAUGAACUCGCCUCACAACACCCCUUUAUAAGAGGCAAACUCUAUUUUAUACCGAAUGGAUGUGGCUGAGUGAACUCAAGGAGGAGCAACUGGGUUCGCUAGGGAGCUAUGUUUUAACUUGAGAAACUAAAAGCAAAAUCCCCGUCAAGCCUGGAAAUGG